UCAAUUGCAUAGUAGUAUAUUAAACAAGAGAAAAUAUGAGGAAAUUGAGAAGGCUAAAGGUCAUUACAAACGAAUUUGCCUUGUAGCUCCCGUUCAACCCUAUGAAGAAGAUAGAACACAAGAAUUAUCAGAAUCUUCAUCUUCGAAUGAAAUUCAACUAUCAACUCUCAAUAGUCUGGUAACUGAACAAAAUGAGGUAUCUGAAACAAUUAAUAAUGACAUAAUUGAUGAUUUUGAAGAAUACUGGUUUCGCAUGAUUGAAAAUUGGAUUGGUAUAUUAGAUACUGAGAAUAAUGAAGAAGCCAUGAAUUAUGAAAUACCUGAAUUUGAGUUUGGUGAACAUAUUAUCCAUCCAGCAGAGGAUCCAGAAUUUACUGGAGUUAUUUAA